AUGAUCCGGCGAACUCUCAACAAUAGGUUGGGAUCACAGAUUUCGAGCUUUGCCGAGGGUUCUCCUCGGGCAAUUAGACCCUUCGCCUCCGGAUCGAUCAGGAGCAUUCACAACUCGGCUCGAUUGCCCACCAUCACUGCUUCAGAGGUCCGACAUAGGCCAACAUUGCGACCGCAUCAACUAUCGGCCGCUCAGACUGGAGUCAACGGCCAACCGUCGAUUGGCAAGCGGACUAUUUUCAUUCAGACGGAGACGACGCCAAACCCCGAUGCCUUGAAAUUUAUCCCAAACCACAGAGUCCUGCCCGAGGGCUUCACGACCUCGUUUUUGGAGUACCUUUCUCCACGCUCCACACUUGCUCCUCCUCAUCCUUCCUCGCUGGCCGCAAACCUAUUUAAUGUCGAUGGCGUUCAAUCGGUAUUCUUUGGAGCCGACUUCAUCACAGUGACCAAGGCAAGCGACGCCAAUUGGGCGCACAUUAAGCCGGAAGUUUUCAGUCUCGUCACUCAAGCCGUGACCUCCGGGGAAGCGAUUGUCAGCACUGUGGCGAAGAGUGGAGAGAAUGCGCAGAAGGGUGGCGAGGAGGACUCGUUGGGAUACAACGAAGAGGAUGAUGAAGUCGUGAGCAUGAUCAAGGAGCUCUUGGAGACGCGAAUCCGGCCGGCAAUCCAGGAAGAUGGCGGUGAUAUUGAAUUCAGAGGAUUCGAGAACGGAAUCGUCAUGCUGAAGCUGCGAGGUGCUUGCCGGACUUGCGACUCGAGCACGGUUACUCUGCGGAAUGGCAUUGAGUCUAUGCUUAUGCAUUAUAUUGAAGAAGUUCAGGGUGUUGAACAAGCCACCGAUGAGGAGGAGGAGGUCUCCAUGCUUGAAUUUGCCAAGUUCGAGGAGAAGCUUCGACAGCAAAAGGGCGAGCAGGCGACCGCACCCUCCUCCCUGGACUCGGUUGCUUGA